AUGUUUAAACCGACAGUCGCAUAUUGUGAAAUACAAAAAAGAAAGAAAAUGAUUAUCGGAAUGCACUUAGUCGAGCUUUCAGAUAGAUACCAUUACUUUAAUAUGGUAGGGCCAGGAAGGAGUUAGAAAUAAAAAAAAGCAUCAUAAAGUUAAAAUCAGAAAUUAGAAUUCUUAACCCCAAGACACAUGACAACUUUACCUGUUACACCUACAAGCAAAUCUCCAUCCUUCUUAGAAAGCUCUCAACUUUUAGUUUUCAAGUAGGUUAAUAUCACUCCAAGAUUAAAAUAAUUAAAACCAAAGGCUUCAUUAUAAAUCAGGUAAUAAAAUAAAUAGACCAUGGAUAAAAAAUUCAACGAAUCAUUUAGAGUCAAAGAGACCUUGGUGAGUCCUUAAUAAAUAAAGUUGAAAAAUUCUAUAAAAAAUCAAUAAAUUGAAAUUACUUAUCCUUCAGAUUAUGAAGAUUUUAUUGAUUAUGUAAGUAAUAAGAAACUAAUAUGA